AUGCCCGUCUCUAAGAAGAAGACUGCAUUCAGCAUGAUGAAGGACCAAACUGUGUCCCCAACAGCAGCUAGCGCCGGUCAAUCAGACACAACAGCCCGGUCGAUUGUUGAGCAGGCAAGACUGACAGACUUUCGCGACAAGUUCUUGAGCAGAUAUCCCUCAUCUCUUCGCAAUGCAGCGCAGGUUGCGCUGGGUCUGUUCGAGGUGCCGACGAAUGAAGAAGGGGCCAGCACCUACAUGGAGCUGAAAGAAGCUGAUGCAGCCAAUUGGGCUGAGAGAGCCAUCUGUACUACAGAUGCUGAGCUUUGGAAUUUGAUGGAGUGCGAAGUCUUUUCACUGCCGGAACGGCUUGGAAUCAUGCAGGACACUGCAACACCCAUGCCCUCUAAAAAGAAAACAAAGAAGAGCGCCAAAGCAAAGGGAAAAUCCGCGGUGGACGUACCGAUUGAGGGUUCCGCUACUGCUACCGAAGCUAAACCUGAUCGACGCUUGAUGGACAUAAAUGGACGACUCUACCCUCACUUCAUCUACAACGGUCUGAAGCUCCUGGACACAAAGUUUAAGCGCUCUUCGCCAUACGCUUUCAAAAUUCUCCCCCGCGUCAAGGAAUUGGGCUUGCCAUCCUACGUCCUGGGCGUAUCAACCUCUUUCUACUCCAGACUUGCUUCUCUCUAUUGGACCAGGUUUGGCGAUUCAAAUGCAGCUUUAAGUGUGCUCCAAGAAAUGCUCUCUUCUGGUCUUUACGCGAAUGAAGAGUCGAUGGAAGUCGUGGAGAGUAUCCGCGAUCACCUGCAUGGGUGUACUUGGGGCGCGCAAGGACCAUUCGUGAUGGCAAUGAUGGAAUCCUCGCCGUAUGAUGCAAGUCUAUCGCAGAGGCUUGAAAAUAUGCAACGAUAUAUCCGAACUUCGAUUGCUCAAGAAAAGCAAGAUGGCGCUUGA